AUGGGUUCCGUUGAUACCACAAUUCUUCAAGAUAAUGUCAUUGUGGAUGGUGUUCUGCGAUAUCCCCCAACGGGAAUCAAAGUCCUCGUCGUCGGCGCAGGCUUGGGAGGUUUGUUGACGGCCUUGGAGUGCUGGAGAAAGGGACACACGGUCCAAAUCCUCGAGAAAGGAGGAUGCAUCUCAGAAGCUGGCGAUUUUAUCGGCUUGGGACCCAACGUCUAUGUGACGAUCCGGGAAUACCCAACCAUGUUCCAAGAAUGGAACAAAAUCACCUACGACCCCGAAAUUGGCGUGUGCUUUCAAGACGGCAGCCUCGCAACGUCUAAGUACAGUUGGGAGCACGAGCUCGAGGGAGUCGCCAAGCACGCCGCCUGGCCCCUGAGAGUCAAGCCGGUCGGGUUUCGGCGAGACAUUGCACUUAUGUACCUUUCUCAGUGUGAGAGACUGGGCAUUCCCAUUACAUAUGGCGUCAACAUCAUCAAGUACUCCGAGGAUCCCGAAAGAGGCAUUGCUACUGCGCAUGCUGAUGAUGGCCGACUGUUCACGGGCGAUGUCGUGGUCGCGGCAGAUGGUAUAGGGACUAAGUCCCACGGGAUCACCAUGGGGAAGCCUGUUCGGGCAACUGAUACCGGGUACUGUGCUGAUCGAAUAUGUUAUUCCACGAAGCAUCUGAAGGAUGCCCCGGCAUUGAAAGAAAUGUUGGCUACUUUGAAAAGGCCGCAGUUGCGUCUAUUUACCGGAACUAAGAUACACGCCGUGUUCUUGGUUACCCAGGAUCGCGUCUGCGUUCUGAUAACGCAUAAGGACGACGGCACCGCCUCCGAGUCAUGGGCAGAGAAUGUCACUCCGGAACAGGUAGCAUCAGCACUACCAGACCAAGACAAAUGGGACCCAAAGGUGAUCGAAGCUGUCCGAAAUACACCCUCGGGCGGUAUAGUGCGGUGGAAACUGUGCUGGCGCAACCCUCAACCCAAAUGGACUUCAGACAACGGACAGGUUGUGCAGAUCGGAGAUGCGGCUCAUAGCUUACUUCCCACGUCUGGUAACGGUGCGGCUAUGGCACUAGAAGACGCCACCUCCCUUGCCGAGUGUCUCAGACUGGGUGGAAAAGCUGAUGUAGCUUCAGCGACGAAGGUGCAUGAAUUAUUGAGGUAUCAACGAACUUCCUUAAUCCAGCACAUGGGCUUCGUCAACCGACGUGAGAUUCAUCGGGAUACGUCCGAGGUGGUCAAGGGCGGUAGCCGUCCUCUUCAUUUCGGCAAAUGGAUAUGGACGCACAACCCCGAGAGGUACGCUGCGGAGAAGUUCGAAGCUGCUCGGGCGCAUAUUGACAAAGGGGCGCCCUUUGAAAACACUAAUUUGCCAGCAGGUCAUGUGUUCGAGGAUUGGACCAUGGAAGAGGAAUUGGAGAAAGAGAAAAGUGGUGUCUUCAUGCAAGAUCUGAAGACAAACGGAGAUUGGGGGUUGGUGUAG